CUAGUGAGCCCUACAUCAGAGCAGUAUGACAGCCUACUUCGGCAGAUGUGGGAGAGGAUGGACGAGGGAUGCGGAGAGACCAUAUAUGUCAUUGGGCAGGGAUCAGAUGGGACUGAGUAUGGACUGAGUGAAGCUGACAUGGAGGCCUCCUACGCCACAGUGAAGAGCAUGGCGGAACAGAUAGAGGCUGAUGUCAUCCUCCUGCGGGAACGCCAAGAAGCGGGGGGCCGUGUGCGUGAUUACCUGGUCCGGAAACGAGUAGGAGACAAUGACUUCCUGGAGGUCAGGGUAGCAGUGGUAGGCAACGUGGAUGCCGGCAAAAGCACGCUUUUGGGGGUCCUGACACACGGGGAGCUGGACAACGGCCGAGGCUUUGCCCGCCAGAAACUCUUCCGCCACAAACAUGAGAUUGAAUCUGGUCGCACCAGCAGCGUGGGCAACGACAUCCUGGGCUUUGACAGUGAAGGCAAUGUGGUAAAUAAGCCAGACAGCCAUGGUGGCAGCCUGGAAUGGACAAAGAUUUGUGAGAAAUCCACUAAGGUCAUUACCUUCAUCGACUUGGCUGGCCAUGAGAAGUACCUGAAGACCACUGUCUUUGGCAUGACAGGUCAUUUGCCGGACUUCUGCAUGCUCAUGGUGGGGAGCAAUGCUGGCAUCGUGGGGAUGACCAAGGAACAUCUGGGCCUGGCACUGGCACUCAAUGUGCCUGUCUUUGUGGUGGUCACCAAGAUUGACAUGUGUCCUGCCAACAUCCUACAAGAAACCCUGAAGCUGUUACAGCGCCUGCUGAAGUCGCCAGGCUGCCGGAAGAUCCCUGUGUUGGUACAGAGCAAGGAUGAUGUGAUUGUUACGGCCUCCAACUUCAGCUCUGAGAGGAUGUGCCCGAUAUUCCAGAUCUCCAACGUCACAGGUGAGAACCUAGAUCUGCUGAAGAUGUUCCUCAACCUCCUCUCCCCCCGCACCAGCUACCGAGAGGAAGAGCCCGCUGAGUUUCAGAUUGACGACACUUACUCUGUCCCAGGUGUGGGGACAGUGGUGUCGGGGACAACACUGAGAGGCCUGAUCAAGCUGAAUGACACACUGCUGCUGGGCCCAGAUCCCCUGGGUAACUUCCUGUCCAUUGCUGUCAAAUCAAUCCACCGCAAGCGCAUGCCUGUCAAGGAGGUGCGGGGGGGCCAGACGGCCUCCUUUGCGCUGAAGAAGAUCAAGCGCUCGUCCAUCCGCAAGGGCAUGGUGAUGGUUUCCCCACGCUUGAAUCCCCAAGCAUCCUGGGAGUUUGAGGCCGAGAUCCUUGUCCUCCACCACCCCACCACGAUCAGUCCACGCUACCAGGCCAUGGUUCACUGCGGGAGCAUCCGGCAGACGGCCACCAUCCUGAGCAUGGACAAGGACUGUCUGCGCACCGGGGACAAGGCCACCGUGCACUUCCGCUUCAUCAAGACCCCUGAGUACCUGCACAUAGACCAGCGGCUGGUGUUUCGGGAAGGCCGCACCAAGGCCGUGGGCACCAUCACCAAGCUCCUCCAGACCACCAACAACUCCCCGAUGAAUUCGAAGCCCCAGCAGAUUAAAAUGCAGUCAACAAAAAAGGGCCCCCUGGCCAAGCGAGAAGAGGGAGGCCCGUCUGGAGGGCCAGCAGUAGGGGCACCCCCGCCUGGAGAUGAAGCUUGCUCUCUAGGGACGGUGCAGCCGGCUUUGUCCAGCGGUCUCCAGGCACAGAUGGCAACUGAUUUGGGACAAUUUGGAGUCCUAUUUAAGCCCAAACUGCUCUCCCAGUGUCUGUACCCCAAACAGCAGAGACAGGGGACAAGGCAGUCUACCAGCUAG